GCAUCGAGCUCGUUCCGUUUCUGCCCUCCUUCGACGGCGACCUCGACCUUCUUCUUCGUCCGUCCUCGUCCCACGGGCGAUCCCACCUCACCCCUCGACGCUUAGGGUUAAGUGUCCGCCCCCCUGCCCCUUCCAUUUAUACUACUGUAAGCCUCCGUCUAUCGCCAAUGUCCUCUUCUCUCCGCCUCCUCCUCUUCCUCUUCCGCCCUCGUCCUCCUCGACAUGCCUUGGUGGAAGAGCAGAAGCACCAACCAUCUUCUCUCCUCGUCCUCUGCUUCCCCAAGCAGCGGCAUCCGCUUCUUCCCCUGGAGCCGCCGGGAGCCCCAGCCCCGCCUCACUCGCCAGCGCAAGCUGCGCCACCUCACCGACCUCCAGAUCGAGGCGUUGUCCCUCGAAGACCCCGUCGCCACCUCCUCAAGUUCCACCCCGGUGUCCCGGUCCCACAGCAACCUCGACGCCACGCCCUCGCGGUCUGCGUCAUCGCCCAUGCUGCUACCGCGCCCACUCCCCCUGCCGGAGGCCGCCGCGGCCUCGCCGCAUCGAGAGUCGGUCUCGGGCCGAGGCCUCGGUUUCUCGCCGCCGAACUCCGUGGGCUUCCCUUUGCCCUCGCCAUCGGGGGCUUCGAACAAGGUGGAGGAUGAUCCAGGGAAUGGAGUAGCUGCUGAGCCCACAUCUCCAGUAUCUGCGCUAGGGAGUAGGUUAGCUUACCAGACAAAUUGCAGAAGUCCAGAGCAAGUUAACAUAUCAUUGGAUAAAUCAACUAUUAGUCACAGGAGAAAGGUGCUCCAAGACUCAAAUUCUUCUGAAACUAUAAACUUCAGGUUGAAAAUUCCUGCUAGAAGUAUUCCAAUCAGCAAGUUAUCAAGUCCUGUACUUAGCCCUGGGAAAUUGAGUAACGUAGACUUUUCAUCUUCUGCCAUUUGCGCUUCAGAGCUUCAGUUGUGGCCAGCACCAAAAAGCCCUUCCCCGAGUAUGAUGACACUCUUCUCUUCACAGACUUUACCUGGAAAAAUGAUUCCCAGUCCUGACCAUUCUCCACUUUGUAGUCCAACAACUAGAAGCCCUAUCUUAAGAUCUAGAAAUCCUAGUGCACCUUCAUCCCCCUUGCAUGCAAAGAUGUUCCCAGAGAACUCGGCUGCAUGGCAUGGCAAUGGUGGUAACAUAAACGUCCAUCCACUUCCUCUCCCUCCUGGAGCCACACCUUGUUCACAAUCAGCUUUUGCUCCCCAAAGUGCAGCAAGAGCUGAGGCAUCACUGAAGGCAAAUCAGUGGAAGAAAGGAAAGCUUAUCGGAAGUGGAACAUUUGGAAAUGUUUAUGAAGCCACAAACAGACAUAAUGGUGCUUUAUGUGCAAUGAAAGAAGUUAAUAUAAUUCCUGAUGAUGCCAAAUCAGCAGAAUGUUUGAAGCAGUUGGAACAGGAAAUAAGGUUCCUUAGUCAAUUUAAGCAUCCAAAUAUUGUCCAAUACUAUGGGAGUGAAACAAUUGCGAAUCGGCUUUACAUAUAUCUAGAAUAUGUUCAUCCUGGUUCGAUUAAUAAAUAUGUUCGUCAGUACUGCGGAGCUAUUUCAGAAUCGGUGGUGCGCAAUUUUACUCGUCAUAUUCUUAAUGGGCUGAUUUACUUGCAUAGCAAACAAAUCAUGCACAGGGAUAUCAAAGGAGCAAAUUUGCUUGUUGACGUGAAUGGUGUUGUUAAACUGGCUGAUUUUGGAAUGGCAAAGCAUUUAAGUGGAGCAGCACCUGCUAAUUCAUUAAAGGGUUCACCAUUUUGGAUGGCCCCAGAGAUGUUGCAUGCUACAAUGAACAAAGAAACUGGUUAUGAUCUUUCUGUUGACAUUUGGAGUUUGGGUUGUACCAUCAUCGAGAUGUUCACAGGGAAGCACCCAUGGAGUGGUCUAGAAGGGCCUCAAGCUAUGUUUAAGGUGUUGAAUAAAGAUCCACCAAUACCUGAAACAUUGUCCAUUGAGGGCAAGGACUUCCUCCAGCGUUGCUUUUGUAGGAACCCUGCAGAGAGGCCAACUGCUGGCAUGUUGCUUGAGCAUCCAUUCGUACGAAACUGCCACUACCAUAAUUUUCAUGGUUCUCUUCAGACUUUUGCGGGGAUCAAAUUUGAUAGUGCUUUUAGCCCAAGCGAUAAAGGUAAAUUUGAAAGUGAGCCAAGCGUGAAAAGGAAGUAUACGUCGAACCAUGGGAACAAGCAAUCUCAUCCUGAAGUUUCUGAGUCAGCAGCCUCCUCCCAUUAUUCAUCACGUUUCACCGUCGAAGUUUCUCCUAGUCUAUCCCCUCGCUCAAGUCAACUUUGCUCCUCGGUGAACACUGAGGAUGUUGUGCAAUUCGGUGGAGGGGACUAUUUUUCACUCAAUGCAUUUCCCAGACCUUGUGACAAAAAAGAGGUAAAUUUCUUCUGAUACAGAGUGGCUGUUCACUCACGAGGCUAAUCUAGUUUGAAGGAUCCGUGGAUUUAGAAGACUAACAGACCAAGUAACUACAAUUAUUUGGGCAUUUGUGGAGCUCAGAUGUAUAGUUGACAUAAUCGACCUCGUACAAUCACAAUAGCCUUAUUUUCUGUUUUCUCCAACUCCAUCGAUGACAUUUAUGCCGUUUUAACACUGAAUGUCAACAUCAAAUUCAGUUGUAGAUGUAGAUCUGACAUAUUUGUUGUACAUCAUGAUGUAUACUUAAUACAUUUUGUUGACAUGUUGUGGUUAUGAAGUCAUAAAAUUAUGUC